AUCUUGCUAUCCGUGUCGUUGUAAGCAUCUCUCUGUUUGUGUCUGUCAGUCUGUUUGUAGUGAUGAAUAUGUACGGCUUUACAACUCCGGAAGACUUUCAAACGCAGUCUCAACAAUCGGUUUCGCCAAUUAGUAUUUCAAAUGAGGGCCAUAUCAAGAGGCCCAUGAAUGCUUUCAUGGUGUGGUCGAGGAUACAGCGGCGUAAAAUCGCGUUGGACAACCCGAAGAUGCACAAUUCGGAGAUUUCGAAGCGGCUUGGUGCAGAGUGGAAACUCCUUAGUGAAAGUGACAAGCGGCCGUUUAUAGAUGAAGCUAAGAGGUUGAGAGCUUUGCAUAUGAAGGAGCAUCCUGAUUAUAAGUACCGGCCAAGGAGGAAGCCUAAGGGUCCCUUGACGUCCAGUCUCAAGUCAACCGUUGGGGGAUUCCCGAUGCACCAGCUGCCAUAUCCAUUUCCUCCAAUGGAUGCGCUAAGUUCACCAUACUCCUAUUUCAACCCAACGUUUGACAUAUCAAGGAUGCAAGCCUCUAUGAAACCUGAGGAACCUCAUCAUCAACACAUGCCCCAGGCUGCUGUAGUGACCUCCUUACAUUCUUCACUUUACUCAUCAUUAUACCAAUCCCCUAAGGCUUAUACAUCAGGUCCACAUAUGGGGAUGUUCUCUAGUAUACCUACAACUCCAAUGAUGUAUUCAGCCUCCCCAAGUCCAAAGUCGAGUCCGUCGGGUUCAGAUCUGGAGAUCAGGCGGCCUGUGCCUGUGAUGUACUAGUGUUUAGUGGUAGUUGUUUGAUAGUGGACGGUUUGGUUGUAUAUAGUUCGUUUUCAGUUGUUUUCCUCGUGUUUUCUGUGAUUGUACAAUGGCCGACUGAUUAUGUUUUGUAUAAAGUCGUACAUAGGUAAUUAUUUAAACCUUUUUGUUUUAUCUCUGAUGCUCAUGGACUUGUAUAAACAUGCUGGCAUGUGUAUAACGUGAGAUUGUUAUUUAUUUUUAAGUUUUAACAAAUGUAUAUUUAUAAAUAAACAGACAAAUAAUAAAAAAUAUAGUAAUACUGGA